AUGAUCGCCGUCGAGGGCGGCAUGCUCCACGCCCUAGCCAGUCGCCCUGGGCAAGUCUGCUCGGCCGAUCAACUGGCUCACUGGACACAUCGCCCGCGAAAUGACAUCGUGCGCGCCCUGCGGCUGCUGACUGCGGUGGGCGUCUGCGACGAAGCCGGGCCUCAGUCCUACCGCGCCAACGAUAAAACAUCGGUCCUAGCCACCAAGGGCCAAAUUGGGGGGUUGAGGGUUAGCUCGGUUCCAGUCUCCGGCAUCAUCCCCAAGAUCGAAGAAUAUUUCACGAACCGGGCAACCAGCACACAGUCCGCCGCGGCGCUCGCCUCGCCCUACGCCUACACCUAUGGCAAGCCCAUGUAUGACGUGUUGCGGGAAGACAAAGAGAAGAAGACCGCCUUCGAUGACUACAUGGAGGGCCGGAAGCAGGAGCGCAAGCGGCGCUGGCACCAUACGUAUCCCACCAUGUCGGAGCUCGCAGCGGCGGGGGCCUUGACGGAUUCCACGCCGAUCACUAUUGUGGACGUGGGAGACCUGCCGGAGACUGUCGACCCAAUCCGGGGAGAAACGCACAGCUUCGAGCCCAUGCCGUAUGACUUUUUCACACCGCAGCCAGUACAGGGGGCCACCAUUUACCUUCUUCUGGCGGUCCUGCAUAACUGGGAUGAUGAUGCUUGUCGGGCCAUCUUGAAGAACCUCGCGGCCGCCAUGAAACCGGGCUACUCGCGCCUGCUCAUCUCGGGCGUGCUGCUGCCUGAGGUUGGGGCCGAGCGUCGCCUGGCGGAUCUGGACAUGCAAAUGUGGGUGCUCCAGCUCGCCCAGCAGCGGACGCGCAAUUUCUGGGAUCAGUAUAAUACAGAUCAAUCGAGCAUCCAUGACGUCCCCAGGUAG